GCUGUUCCUGUCAAAUUGAUGGCUGUAUAAUUGGUGAAAUUGAAAAUUAAUGUGAUAAUAAACGAUUUGUGGUAACAUUUAAUCUUUAAAUUCAUUAUUUUUAUAAAUAUUAGCUCAUUUUUCAUUGCUUUCGAUCUGUAGUAACUGAACGACAUCUAUUAAAAAUACUAUUUGGUAAACAGCGCUUACCGUCAACAAAUGAAACCGAAAGUUGAAUAGCCUGGUGUCUAACAUUUGCAGCCUGGAUGCUUACCUUUGCAGCCUGGAUAGUUUACGGAUUGUAACGAAUGAACCAAGAGCUCAUUGACAGCAAAACACAAGACUCGUGAAAAAAACCCAGAAAUGGCUGUAGCAUUUCGAAAGCAUAAUGCAACCACAUUGGAGGAGCUGCAACCUGGAGAUUUAGUGGAGUUUGAUCGAGGGAUGUAUUCCCACUGGGCAGUUUAUAAAGGCAAAGGUCGAGUUAUUCACUUGGCUGGUGACGAAAAUUAUGGCUUAAACGCGAAUCUUAAUUCCGGAAAUAUUUUUACAAUAUGCGGGAGGCGUUUUAACAAAGCGUUUGUGAGAGAUGAUGACUUCUGGGAUGUUAUCCUUGACUCGAAAGCGUAUAAAAAUAAUAAAAGGGAUCAAAAGAUGACCCCUCGUGAUGGAAAGGACAUUGUGGAAAAAGCUAUGGAGAUGAUUGGGGAGAUCGAUUACAAUGUGAUGUGGGCAAAUUGUGAACAUUUCGCAAAAUUUUGCAGAUACGGCAAGUCGAAAAGUGACCAGGUGGAUAAUUUCCUUAUGGUCAGUGUGGGCGUUGCCUUGGCUGCUGUGGCCAGCUAUGUUCUACCAAAACUCCUCGGCUCUGGUGAAGAAGAUGAAAAAGAAAAGAAAAAGAAAGCAUCUGCGUAUCAGUGAUAGCUUUGAGCUCAAGAACUGCGAUAUUUGUUAGAGUUCUUACGGAUAAAUAUCGACAAAAAUAAACAUUUUAUAAAAAAAAACUUAUUUUUUUUAGAAUAUGUGCUCUUUGUUUUCGUGUGUCUCUUGAUAACAAACACUUGUUUGAAACCUAACUGAACGCAAGAAUUGUUCAAAUAAGUCUUUGUGGACGUAAUGCUGUUCCACAUUCAUCAAAAUGACUCAAUUUUGAACAAAGUAAUUUUGAAACCAUGCUGCAACACAUGUAGUCUGUGAAUGAAUGCCUUUAACUUAUUAAUAAAAUAUACCGGAAUAAUGUGUGUAAUACAUACAAUAUAUUGUUAGUUGAUACUUUUUACAUUAUAUAUGAAUUUAAUCAUAUGAGUUGUGUUGUCUGUGUAGUUUAUUGACCGUUAAAUGCGCACGUUACAGGUUCAUGCAAAAAUUGUUGUUUUUAUUUUAAUGCAUUAUCAUGUUAAACUCAUUAUACUUCAAUGAUAAAAACUAAAAAAGUAUAUGAUUUGGGUAUAAAUAAAAAAUAUAAGCCUUUAUAAAUGCAUGUUUUGAAUUAUUUGCUACAUAGCUACAACUUUCCCUGUAAAAAGAGCUAAUACUGCUAAUAUCUUUUUUAUUUGAAUCUAAAUUUUAUGCUUUAUUUGCUUUGAUCAGUAUAAAGUCAAAUACGUUAAACAGGAUAAUCCAUUGAAAUAGUUUGCUUCAACAUACAGUGUGCGCCUUUAAACAUGCGUAUUGUUAAAGGUUAGUUUAAUCAUAUUUUAUUGCUCUUUUGUAAAGAAUUAUUUUGCAUACAAUUUACAUGUACAUUUACAAUCAAAUAAAACAAAAAGAACAAAUGGGUUGAGCUACAAGUUAUUACAACAUUAGUUUCAGCCCUUCCCAGGCGUCAAUAUAGCGUCAAUGUCGUUUAAAUCUAUGAUUAAACGUAACUAGAAAAAAGAGUUAACGUUAAUUACUUUAGAAAAAAGAAGAAAAGAAUUGGUUGCCACCAAAAGAAAAUACAAUGUAAUAACAUCCCAGACAGUUUAUAUCGUGAUUUAGGGUGAUAUCAAAAGAAACGUUUCGUUAAUUUUAUGUACUUUAGAACUUCAAUAAAAAGCACACUAUUUUCA